GACCGGCCCGCCGCCGCCAUGGCGCCGCCGCUCGCCGCCCUGCUGACCCUGAGCGUCGCCCUGACCUGGGUCGGCGCCCAGUACGUGCCCACCUGGGACUCGCUGGACGCGCGGCCGCUGCCGGCCUGGUACGACGACGCCAAAGUAGGCAUCUUCUUGCACUGGGGCGUCUACUCGGUGCCCAGCUUCGGCGACGAGUGGUUCUGGACGCGUUGGCGCGACCCGUUCGACCCGCAACGGCCAAAGUUUGCCGCCUUCAUGGAGCGCAACUACCGGCCCGACUUCACGUACCCGGACUUCGCCGCGCAGUUCGGCGCAUCGCUCUUCGACCCGGCGCACUGGGCCGACGUGCUGCAGCGCUCCGGCGCCAAGUACGUCGUGCUGACGUCCAAGCACCACGAGGGAUUCACGCUCUGGCCGUCCAAGUACUCGUGGAACUGGAACGCCAUGGACGUGGGGCCGCGACGCGACCUGGUCGGCGAGCUGGCGGAGGCAGUGCGAAACCGCACCGACCUCGUGUUCGGCCUGUACCACUCGCUGUACGAGUGGUACAACCCGCUGUACCGCAACGACCGCCGCUUCAACCGCAGCGAGUUCGUGACGCGCAAGGUGCUACCGGAGCUGUUCGAGCUAGUGGAGCGGUACCGGCCGGAGGUGAUCUGGUCGGACGGCGACUGGACCGGCCAGCCCGAGUACUGGCGCUCGCAGCAGUUCCUCGCCUGGCUGUACAACGAGUCGCCGGUGCGCGACACGGUCGUCACCAACGACCGCUGGGGCUCCGGCACCAACUGCAAGCACGGCGGCUUCUUCACCUGCCAGGACGGCUAUAACCCGGGCACGCUGCAGUCGCACAAGUUCGAGAACUGCUUUACGCUGGACGGCGCCUGGGGCUACCGGCGCGACACCGGCCUCUCCAGCUACCUGAGCAUCGAGACGGUGCUGCAGCGGCUGGCCGAGACGGUCAGCUGCGGCGGCAACGUGCUCAUCAACGUGGGGCCCACGCGCGACGGCGUCAUCAUGCCCAUCUUCGAGGAGCGCCUGACGCAGCUGGGCAGCUGGCUGGCCGUCAACGGCGAGGCCAUCUACGGCUCGCGGCCCUGGAGUACACAGCACGAUGCCGUCGACGACAGCGUCUGGUACACGGCGCGCGAAGGGCUGGUGUACGCGCUGGUGCUGCGCUGGCCCAGCGACGGGGCGCUGCAGCUGGGCUCGGCGCCGAACGUCACCCAGUGUCGCCUGCUGGGGCACGACCGGACGCUACCGGUGGCGGCCGGCCUCGUCUCCCUGCCGCCCCUGCAGAGGGUCAACUCCAGCUGGGCCUGGGUGCUGCGGUUCGAGCCCGACGCGCCGCGACCGGCCGCCGGCGGCGCGCGCUGAGGGCCGCGGCGGCUGUCACGGACCAUCAGCGGCUGCGACGGACCAUCGGCGGCGCUUCGAGCGCUCGCGAUGCAGAGGGCACGGGCCCGGCGGCGCCGCGCUCUGGCCGAGCACGAUUGGCCAGAUCGGGCGAAACCAAAUGUUGCUAUAUGCAACGACACGCAAGCCUAUAUUGCUCUCCGCUCCGCGCGCGCCGCGGCAGCUGUUGACUGCCUCCGUGCGCGCUUUGAAUUCACAUAACCGUAGUUGGACGAUUGGCAAGAAAUGGGUGACAGCAGAUGCGGUUCAAAGGAUGGACAAGAGCCUAACAAUUCAGAGGCUGGUAAUUGUUGUUCGAUGCGCGACACUCGUAUGUGCGAAUAUACCUGAAUCACCUGAA